GGCUUGCCACACUUAUCUAAAGUUAGUUGUGGUAAACUAUGGCUAGCAACCAAACAUCCCCGGAAACAUGGGUGGCGGACAUAUGGACGGACGUGUGGGCUCAUUUAGGUAGUGAUGGCAGACUGAAAUUUUUAUACAUGUACCGUAAGAUUCGAUAUGAUAAAAAUUUAGAAACUGAACAAGGCCUUAAUUCCAGAGAAGAUAGUUAGAGCAUCUCCAAGAGCUUGGCUAAAUUUAGUAGUUAAAUUCUAAUGUUUAGUCAUUUUGUAAAAUAGAUAACUUCCUAAAAAAGAAGAGGUUCACAACAGCCUUGCUAUUAGAUAGCUAGUGCCAGUGGUUGGCUAUAUAUGGCCAGCGAAAAUCAAGAGAUAGCAAACUUUCUAUUUUACGAAACCAAAUAGCAUAUCUGUUGGAGCCUAUUUUUCUACUAUAAAAAUUCUAAAAGGCCUCCAUAACAAGAAUAGCAAAACUGUUGCAGUUGGUCACGGUGGGCUUUAUUGGGCCACGGAGGGGUCCCGAUCCAGGUCUGUUUGUUCGGCGAUUCCCCUUUCCAGGCGCCGCCGCAAUCUCAGAUGCAAAUCCCCCCACCCUAUUCCUAUGUUCCUACCUCCUCCGAGCCAGUAACAUCGCUACCUUUGCUGGCCGGACGCAUCGCCUCUCCUCUCCCGCAGUAUGUUUCCAUGGCAUCUGCUCUGCUUCGCGGGUGGCCACGAGGGCUUGCGGGACGAGUUUUCCCACUCUUGGCAGCUCCCAAUCCACUAGUCCGUUGUGUUUCCCGAUUUUUUCAUAGACCCCGGAACGUGGCCACCAUCAGUCGAGUAAAAGGGGAUGAGUCUAGAAAACCAUACACGCGCCAUCACAACUCUUCUGUCAACUUCAUUAUUUUUUCCCAAGACAACAUGUAUUCUGGGAUCACCCAUGGCAUUAAAAACAUUGAGACAAGCGGCACAAUCGCGCAGGUAGCCGAAGGUGAGAGAGGUGACAAAGAUGCUUCGCAGGUAGCUGGAGAUGAGAGAGGGGACAAAGAUGCUUAUAGGACUACUAAGCACACAGGAUGUUUGGAAGACCUAGAGGAUCAACGGGGGAAACAUCUUGUCAGUGACGAUGAAGAAAUAAGUGAGGACAAUGGUUAUACUUUGAGUAAUAUACUUGAAAAAAGCAGACACUGUGAUGGUUCUAUAUACAGGAGUAUGGAUAUAUGGUGGAAAAAACAGUAUCGCAUUGCGGAACGUAAUGAGACUCGGGUGGAGGCAAUGAUGUUUUCAGAUCCCACAAAUGUUAUCAUCCGCAAUGGAAUUCGCAUGCACCAUGGCCGUGCUUGCAUGCUGCAAAUUUUAUCAUUAGAGUUGGCUGAAAUUUCUGUGGAUGGUGGCUUAGUAGAGUUGUAUGGAUACAUAGCAGUGCGGGAUGAACUGGAUCCAUUGCUUAAUUAUAUCAUCAAUUUCAGCAGGGAUGAUCCCAUCGUUGUGGAGCAGGGUUCUCUCAUCAACAUGGCUGGCCCUAAGCGAGCGAUAGAUUUUUUUGACCAAGCUCUAAUCGAAUAUGACAUGAGGAUCAAGACAGGUGAACAAGAAAAAGAUGACCUACAGCUGAUUGAUGGCGCAUCAAUCAUAGGCCCUUCAGUCAUGUGGGAUCGCCCAUUCACAUGUCGCUUCGCUGGUGAUUGUGGUACAGUUAAGUUAACUGCCGCACGUCUUUAUGAUGCAGUUGAGGCUACUGUAGAGGUCCUAAUAUUGGAAGUACAGAAAAAAUUUAAUUUGUCUGUUGGUUGUAUAACCAGUGAUUUGGAUGAGGAAAUCCGACUCUUUAACGGUGCUAUCAUGGAGUCACGUGCGUUAAAGAGGUCGGUGGUUGCUGUAACGAUGUAUUAUUCGUUAGAUUUGAAGUUCAAUGUAGGUGCAUUGUCAUCCAGUUUGGAGCAGCAUUUUUGUUCCUUCAAGGCCAAAACCCAUGGCCAUGAUGUUCAAGAAAUAAAGACUGGUUUUGGAUUAAUCUCAGUAAAGGUGACUUGGUCAACUAUGCUGAGGGGGUACUACGGUGAUGCCUGAUAGCUUUCCUGUGCCUGUAAUGAGUGAGCCAAGAGACUAAAAACUUGGGCAGUUGAGUGGUGGACUUGUAGCUGUGCAAACUUGAUUUUAACUUUGUUUAAUAAGGAGCAUUGUAACUCUUGUAAUAUGUCUUUAUACUUUAUCAUACAUAUUCGGUUCUCUUGUCUC